AAACGAACGGUAAGAAACGAUCAAAAAUAUUUUUCAGUUGAAUAAUAACGAAAUAAAAAGUAACAAAAGAAAAUGAUAAUACAAUUUGUAUUAUCCAACAAAGUUUUUAGAAUAACAAAAGUAUAAAUUAAAAGAGUUACGUGAAGAAGCGAUAAAAAAAAAAAAGAAGAUAAAAAACAGUAUGACAUUAAGAAGGAUCGGAUGAGAAUAAGAACUUAAUUUUUAGCAUUCUUUAUCAUCUAAUUAUAAUAGAAAAGAAUGUUCUACGUAAUGAAUUAGAAAUCUAGACUUCAAACAGACGAUAAUAUUAAAAAUAGAAAGAUAUAAGAAAUUCAUAAAAGCAAUUGAUUUUAUCGGGCGAUGAUCUUUUCCGUUUAAAUUCGUAGACGAGCGCACAUGGAAUUCUACGUUCAUGACGUAUACGAUCAUCCGAUCUUACGUCAUCGUUAUUCCCUUCUCCGACCGCAAAAGAGCAAGCGAGAGAAAAGAUAAAGAAAGACGGAAUGUAUCGUGUUGCUGUCGCACGCGUCGACAGUCGAUAGAAGUAUGCGAAUGAAGUUUCUUAUGUGCGAUCGUAAAUUUUUCGGCUAAACUCGAUAACGCCGGACAAUUUUCGAAAGAAAAUUAUUAUCAUCAGAGACAAUAGAUAUUUGACAGUGCUUACGCAUUAACAUUUGACUUUACUUUGAUCUGGUAAAAAAGUUUAAUUCAAUACAACACGCAUGCUCGACCCAUAGAAACCCCAAAAGCGCAAGUAGUGAUAUUCGUCACCAGAGUUCGUGGCAAAGUUCUUGAUAAAGUUCGCGGCUACUUUCGAAAGGUUCACAGUACCGUUAUUCCGCCCCUGUCUCAAACGACGAAUAUUUCGUAUAUGUAUAUACUUCUACGACAAGCGUUGUUACUGGCGUCUGCUAGGUCAGCUGUUGAUCUAUCAUGGAGCAACAAUAAAAUUGGAACUCAAAAAUUCCAUUAAAAAAUACAAAAAUUUCGAUGAAUCACGUAACAAGUAUUAGUCGCAAUCCUUUUUGAUAAUAUACUCGAAGAAAUUGUUUUUGAACAUUUCACGUUUUCUAAAAAUUUUGCGUACAUAGUCAAAAUUCAUUGGACACAAGAAAUUACGAGACGGAAAAUUAGGGCGUGAAAAGUGGUGUUACUAUACAUAUUCAUGGCUCUCCUUUUUGUGUACGAAUUUAUUUGUGCACAGAAUAUAAUAUAUAAAGUGUCCUGCAUGUGUGCACAGUGUAAAGGACACUUCAUGGGUUUAAAUUUAUUAUUAUAAAAUCAUGUCAAGGAAGCGCUGUAGAGAGGAAACUAUGUUGAACUCUGUAUCACAUACAAAUAAUCAUAAUGGAGAAAGUACGUCUUCUUCUAGAGAAAAUUCCCCCAUUAAUCCUUCAAUUUGUAAAGAGGCUCCAUUCAGUGAUGAUCCAGAAGCAAUUGCUGAGAGAGAUGCAAGUGAUUAUAAUACUCAAAUUACAUUAAGGAUGGCACGUAGUGGGAAAGCACCCAGAAGAGUUAGAGUAUAUGCUGAUGGUAUAUAUGAUCUUUUUCAUCAAGGACAUGCUCGACAAUUACUACAAGCUAAAAAUAUAUUCCCAAAUGUAUAUCUUAUCGUUGGAGUUUGCAAUGAUGAAUUAACACAUAGCAAAAAAGGAAGAACUGUUAUGACAGAUGCUGAAAGAUAUGAUGCAGUAAGACAUUGUCGCUACGUAGAUGAAGUAGUGAGGGAUGCUCCAUGGGAAAUAGAUGAUGAUUUCAUUAAGAAACAUAAAAUCGAUUUCGUAGCUCAUGAUGACAUACCUUACAUGACAGAUGAUGGUUCAGAUGUUUAUGCAGCAUUAAAAGCUAAAGGUAUGUUUGUAGCUACACAGAGAACAGAAGGAGUAUCUACAUCAGAUAUUGUUGCAAGAAUUGUUAAAGAUUAUGAUAUUUAUGUAAGAAGAAAUUUAGCACGGGGUUACAGUGCCAAAGAACUCAAUGUUUCUUUCCUUAAUGAAAAGAAAUUUCGAUUACAAAAUAAAUUUGAUGACCUCAAAGAUAAGGGUAAACGAGUAAUGGAAAAUAUAGGUGAAAAGCGUAUGGACAUGAUUAGUAAAUGGGAGGAAAAAUCACGAGACUUCAUUGAUGCAUUUCUUUUAUUAUUUGGAAGGGAAGGAAGAUUGUCAACAAUUUGGAAUGAAAGUAAAGGACGUUUGAUGCAAGCACUUUCACCUCCAGCAAGUCCAAAAAGAGAUGGCAGUCCAAAUGGUAGUAGCAGUAGUAAUAACGAUGAGGAUCAAACAAGUCCCCCACCAAAAAAGACUGGGCGCUACGAAUUUUCACAAAGUACUCAAUAUCUAAGCGAUGAUUACAGUGAUGAUGAGGAAGAAAAUUUACAAUCUAAGUGAUAAAUCAUUAUGUAAAUGCAAUGUAUCUUCUUAUUACGACCAAAAUUAGUGUGCUAUUUUUUUUUAACAUUAGACAUAUUUUCAUACAGCUACAUAAGCUGUUGAUACAGAGAAUAGCACUAUGCUUCAUAAUUUUUGUAUGGUAAAAUUACUAUACAUAAAGCAAAAUAUUUGUUAUUAUAUGGAAAUUUAGUACAAUUAUGAAUUAUGCAAGUUGGAAUAUAGACAUUUAAAUCUACAGAAGAUAUGUAGAUUAUUUAAGAUAUCUAUUACAUCAAAUUUAUAAUUUUUUUUCAGUUGUUGCUGUAGUAUUACUUAUUUGUAUUAUGUUCCUAAUACAGCAAUGAAUUAUUUAUUUAUUCUAAAUUUCUACAUGUUUUUACAGAUAUUAGUAUUUAUAUUUUCAUGUACUAAACAAGAAAUUGUUUCCAGUAUUUAUUUUUAAACAAAUAAUAUGUAAAAAGUACUGGUCUAUGAACUGAUCUAAUAACGAUUUCUCUUACUUUAUCAUCAAUUUUGUACAGAACGUAUUAUAGAAUAAUCUUACGUCUCAUUGUACAGAUAUCUUAGAUACAGAGUAAAUAUUUCAUCUAUAAAGACA